AUGGGACGUGCUGCUCUUCUUUUGGCUAUUUCCCUGUACCUGCAACACUUUCUCUCUUGCUCUAGGUUCGCAUAUGCCGCGACUACUGCACCCCCUUCUCCAAAACCACCGGCUACUACAAAGCACCAUCAAGUGCUUAUCUUGGGAGGGGGUGUGACCGGGGUAAUCGCUGCCCGAACGCUGCAUGAACGUGGGAUCGACGAUUUUGUUAUUGUCGAAGCACGCAAUGAACUGGGUGGGAGGAUGCAGACCGCGACGUUUGCGAACAGGACGAUUGAGCAAGGGCCGAAUUGGAUACAGGGCACGCAAGAGGGUAAUGGCCCUGCGAAUCCGAUCUUUACGUUGGCCAAGAAACAUGGGGUGAAGACACAGUUUAAUGAUUGGUUUGGGAGUGUCUCUACAUUCGAUGCGACGGGUGCGGUAGACUUUUUGGAUGUAUUUGACCAGUCUGGUGAUGAUUUCGACAACCUGACUGUUGUUGCUGGCGCGCGUGUGGAUCAAAACCUUGUCGAUCUCUCUGCCAGAACUGGGUAUGGUCUUCUCAAGGCAAACGCAAAAAAUGCUCAUGCUAGUGCAUCAGAAUACUAUCAGUUCGAUUGGGAGUAUGCUCAAACCCCUGAACAAUCAUCAUUAAUCGCUUCUUCCUGGGGUAACAAUUUCACUUACGACACUGACCAAGGAGGAUUUUCAGACGACAAUCAGAUGUCGAUAGAUCAAAGAGGGUUCAAAACUCUGAUUCAACAGGAAGCUAAUGAGUUCUUGAAACCUCAACAAAUGCUGUUAAACUCUACGGUCAAGUCCAUAUCAUACUCCAAGAGUGGUGUCACUGUAACACUGGUCAAUGGCCAAACCCUUACCGGAGACUAUGCUUUAUGCACGUUUAGCUUGGGCGUCCUACAGCACGAUGACGUUAGCUUUAAGCCAGCGUUGCCAGAUUUUAAACAGGAAGCCAUUCAGAGCAUGGUGAUGGCUACAUACACGAAAAUAUUCUUGCAAUUUCCAAAGAAAUUUUGGUUUGAUACGGAGAUGGCAAUUUUUGCAGACUCUGAACGUGGGAGGUAUCCCGUAUGGCAAAGCUUGGAUCAUAAGAAUUUCCUUCCCGGAUCAGGCAUUCUCUUUGUAACCGUGACGGGAGAUUAUUCUGUCAGGAUAGAGGCUCUACCGGAUAAACAAGUCAAAGAGGAGGUCAUGGGUGUCGUUCGAUCUAUGUUCCCAAACGUUACCGUGCCAGAGCCUCUCGAUUUCUUCUUCCCCCGAUGGCACAGUAAUCCCCUUUUCCGAGGAUCUUAUUCAAAUUGGCCCCCAGCAUUUGCCAGCCAGCAUCUUGACAAUCUACGAGCUAACGUUGGGAGGCUGUAUUUUGCUGGAGAGGCGACGAGUAGGAAAUAUUUUGGUUUCCUGCAUGGCGCUUACUUCGAAGGGUUGGACAUUGCAACCAUCAUGGCGAAUUGUAUCAAGGAAGGCUCCUGUGCUGACAUGGAGCAUUUUGCUAAUAUAAAUAAUAUUCUUCCUUUUGAAAAUAACUAG